AUGGUCAAUGCCGACCUAAAGGGAUCGUCAUCGUCUGGCAGCAAUUGGAUCGUGCAGAAGUUUGGUGGUACGAGCGUCGGCAAGUUCGCCUUGAAUAUCAUUGACCAAGUCGUUCUCCCGAGUCUCUCAGAGAAUCGUGUUGCUGUAGUCUGCUCAGCGAGGAGUAGUUCGACCAAAGCUGCUGGCACCACAAACCGGUUGCUUCGAGCAGCGCGGGACGCAGAAGAUGCCUUAUCUCAGCAAUAUGCCUCUCUUGUAGAGGCUGUCCGGCUGGAACAUAUCCAGGUAGUCGAUGAUCAAAUUCAGUCAAUCACCCUCAAGUCACGGCUGGUUUCCGAGAUAAAUAACGAGUGUGAUAAAGUACUCAAGGUAUUGGAGGCUGCACAAACACUGGGCGAGAUUAGCGCAAGGUGCAUUGAUAAAGUGAUCAGUACUGGGGAGAAGCUAAGCUGCAGACUUAUGGCCGCUUUCCUCGAAGAUCGGGGGGUGAAGUCGCAAUAUGUGGAUUUGGCCGAGAUUAUUGAUUUCCCUAUAACAAGUCAGGGUCUUGAUCAGGACUUUUAUAAUACUCUGGCUGCUACUCUCGGAAGGAAGAUCCGAGAUUGCGAGGAUCGGGUCCCUGUCGUUACGGGAUUUUUUGGAACAGUGCCUGGUGGCCUUCUGGAUCAGAUUGGCCGGGGCUACACUGAUCUCUGCGCUGCUCUAGUUGCCGUGGGGACUAACGCGAAGGAAUUGCAGGUCUGGAAAGAAGUUGAUGGCAUCUUUACCGCGGACCCACGGAAGGUGCCAACAGCACGCCUGCUUCCUGCGAUCACGCCGGCAGAGGCAGCUGAGUUGACAUUCUAUGGCUCGGAGGUGAUUCAUCCUUUCACCAUGGAGCAAGUCAUUCGCGCCAAAAUCCCUAUUCGCAUAAAGAAUGUCAUGAACCCGAGGGGAGACGGCACUAUUAUCUUUCCUGACUCUUCCAGUGAGUUGGAUAAGACGACCCCUGGCCACGAUCCAAGACUGUUUCGUACUCGGAGUCCUAGUCUUGUGCAGCGGCCAAAGCGCCCAACGGCCGUGACUAUCAAACAUAAAAUCCUCGUUAUCAACGUACAUUCCAAUAAACGGUCGCUCUCUCAUGGCUUCUUCGCCGGAAUUUUCUCUGUGCUCGAUCGAUGGAGACUUUCUAUUGAUCUCAUCUCGACGAGCGAGGUGCAUGUGUCAAUGGCCCUCCACUCCGAGAUGCCACUUCUCAAUGGGACAGGAAGGGACGAAUAUCAGAUCAUAGAUGAUGAUUUGAAGGGAGCUAUUCAGGACCUCCAGAAAUACGGGACCGUCGACAUCAUACCGGAAAUGGCCAUUCUCAGUCUCGUGGGAAAGCAGAUGAAGAACAUGAUUGGAGUUGCAGGACGGAUGUUUUCAACAUUAGGUGAGAACAAUGUCAACAUCGAGAUGAUCUCUCAAGGUGCCAGCGAGAUCAAUAUCUCUUGCGUCAUUGAGGAGAGAGAUGCCGAUCGCGCUCUAAACAUAAUUCACACCAGCAUGUUCACAUUUUUAGAUUAG